AUGUCUGAACAGCCAUGGAUUGAGAAGUACCGUCCCAAGUCCCUCAGCGAGGUGACCUCCCAGUCGACAACAACGGGAAUCCUUCAGAAAUCUCUCCAUUCUGCAAAUUUACCACACAUGCUUUUCUACGGUCCGCCAGGUACCGGUAAAACCUCAACCAUCUUGGCGCUUGCACAUGAAUUGUACGGCCCUAAUCUUAUCCACUCUCGUGUCCUCGAAUUGAACGCAUCCGAUGAACGUGGCAUCUCCAUUGUUCGUGACAGAAUUAAAAACUUCGCCAGGUUAGCAGUGUCAAAUCCAACUCCUGAGGAUAAGGUCAAGUAUCCUUGUCCUCCAUACAAACUGAUCAUCCUAGAUGAAGCAGACUCCAUGACCUCCGACGCUCAAAGUGCUUUGAGACGAACAAUGGAAAAUUACGCUAACGUAACCCGAUUUUGUCUUAUCUGUAACUAUGUCACCAAGAUAAUAGACCCAUUGGCAAGUCGUUGUUCCAAGUUCAGAUUCCGUAGCCUUGACGAAAAAAUGGGCAUCCAAAGACUUCGCUUCAUUGCUGACAAGGAAAAAGUGAACGUCAGUGACCAUGUUAUCAAGGAAAUUUUACAGUCAUGCGAAGGUGAUCUUAGAAGAGCAGUCAACCUACUCCAGUGUGUCUCCACUGUCUUAGAUGACGAUUCCUCAGACAAUCGUUCUGGUGGAAUCAAUGACGUGAAAAUAAAGGAAUUGUUCGGAUAUCUUCCAGACGAUCUCGUGGACCUUUCAAUACAAACCUUGAAAUCUAAAAAUUUCAUUGAUAUAAUCGCUUUCACAGAAGAGAAAAUCAUCAAACAAGGAUAUUCGGCUGCAUUCACCGUCAUCGCAUUACAUCAAAAACUUUUACUAUCUACUGAAGGAAUAUCCCUUGAGCUUUCUUCUGGACAGAAAAACGAAAUUGCUAAAAUACUCUGGCAAACCGAUAAGAGGAUAAGUGUUGGCUGCAACGAAAGCGUACAAGUCUUAGACUGUAUGUUCAAACUAUGUAACGUAUUAUGA